GUCAGAGCUACGACCUCUCGACGCGUGAAUCAAAGGUCGUGGAGAUUUCGAUCAAGAACUUGGGGUAAGUUGGGUGAUCUUCUGACUUUAGGACUGAUUAGUCACUAGUCAAGAUUCAGUACCGUUACUACUGAUAUGCAUUUAGUCGUGCGCAAAGGUUUGAUUAUAAAAUGACUUCCGCUGCGAUUCCAAUUUCGCAUCUAGCCAUCCCACUGAACUCGAUUACCCCUCCUCUCCGAUGUCUUAAAAGACCUGUCAACGCUCCUCCCACUCUUGUCCUCCUGUCUGUGUGACACUCACAGUCACAACACAGCACCCGACGUCAACAGCAUCGAGCUGCUUAGACUCUUAAGGACGAUCGUUCGUACACUUUAAUAUGGAAGAGAAUAACAACUUGGUACAAUUGGCGGAGGAUGGCUUGUGGAUGGAUGCCAUCAAAUUUGAUCCAUUCGACCUCGUUGGACUAGCCCCGACAGCGGACUUGACAUGCGAGCUUUAUGAGAAACAACUUAAGGAGUUGUCGCGAACGCUCCAUCCAGACAAGAUAAGCCUGUUCUAUGGCCAGGAUAAAAAAGUUAUUCUCGGUGACCUUUCAUGGCCGCGACAUCACUAUGUCAAUUUUCUCCGAGGCUAUAUAUCCAAGAAUUCACAGGAAGCUCAGGUAUUUACUUUCAUGAGAUUGAAGUAGUUCUGGCGGCAGUUCAGCGUGUCGACCUGGAAUAAUGCAUUAACUCUA